AUGAUACAAUCAACAGCACCACGAGGGGUUCUGGACACGCGUCUCACUGCAAAGCAAGAUGCGCUUUUGCAAUCACUUGAGCAUCAGGUGCAAUUAAAAACACAAGCAGAAACACAUGCAUCUCAUUUACGGUCGCAACAACAUUCAAAGGUGGCGGAAACGCUGCGCGAAUUUAUUGCACAACGUCCAAGUAAAACAGAAUCUUCUGUUGAGUUAGACCCUUCGUUUAUUCAUCUCUCAUCUCAAAUUGAUCGUUGUAUGUCACAAUGGAGCAAAAUAUAUACCCAAGCUCAUGAAACUCAGGCUUUAGUGGCUGAAAUGGAAGCGAGUCAUUCUCAAGUGACUAGAAAAACCCAAGCGUUGUAUCAAAGUUUUGAAGACGUUUUACAACAAGUAGCAGCGCUUGAUGCUCGUGUAGCUUUAAUUGCUGCUCCCAUGCCUCAUUUUACGGCUAUUGAUAAUGUAGCGCAUACUUUGGGCUUCGGAGUUAAGUUUGCAGCUCCUUCUAGUGGAUCAAAAAAUCACGUUUUGAUGGAGAAUGCAUCAAAACCUCGAGCUUCUUCCACAGUAACAAUAGACCCAAAUAAAGCAGUGCAAGUUUAUCAGCAUCGACGCGGUAUUGAUCCUACAACAUCAGAAUUCAUGCGCGCGUUGGAAACAAUUGACACGUCGGUAGCAUUUCUGACUCAACACUUAGAAUACAAAGACUCGGCGUGUUAUAUUGAAGCCUAUAAAACACUUGCCGCUGGAGGAAUCCAAGCAUUAAAUGACUAUGCUUUGAGUGCAUUAGAAGCGGCUAGAGACGCAGUGCUUGAAGCUGUUCAAAAGGAAGCAUUGAUGUCACAGCAAAGUGGAAUGGAGAUUUCGCUCGUGAGUCAAUUGGACGAGACGUCGCCAUAUUACGUUAAUUUUCAGCUUGUAGCACCAGCUCUAGCUGCUGUGGCAAAGCAAUUCGAGCGCUUGAAAUCGCAGCCGCUCCAAAACAGUGUUGAGAAUCUUCGUGUGCUUGGAAACGUGCUUGAUGCAUAUGCUACUCAGCGAGUACAAUUACUGUCUCCAGUACUUGGAACGUGGCUAGAUACUGUCAGUGAAACGGCUGAUAUUGUGAAUGGACUUCGUGUGACUUGCGCUCAAUUGCUUAAGGUGUGUGAAGCCGAGUAUCAACUUUUUUUAAAGCUAUUUGGUCGCGAUCCGAGUGAUGAACUACGUCUCAUUUUUCAACUUUGUGGGGUGUUGUAUAAUACUGUGCGACCUCGGCUUCUAGCACAAAAGGAUUUGGAAGUGCUAUGUGAGGUGAUUCAAGUUUUGAGAAGUGAAGUGAUUGAAGCAGCCAUUACUCCACGUGCAGCACUUGUUAGUUAUGCUGAGCCUGUAAUGCAUCGUAUGAUCCAAGAUGCGCAAGAACGUCUUAUUUUGUGCAUGCAAAAGUAUAUUCGUGACGAAAUCGAGGGUUUUGAACCUUGUCCUGAGCAUUUAAACUACCCAGCCAAGUUGAUAGCAGCAGAAGAAAGUGGUGCUUCACUAUAUGCGACGUGGUAUCCGUCACUUGAGCACACUUUAAUGUGCUUAUCUCAAGGAUAUCGUUAUGUUAAGAUGGAAAUCUUUGAAGAGUUAGCUCAAGACGCAAUUCAAAUAUGCACAGCAUCUUUGAAAAUGGCAUCUGCUGACAUUACAGCAACACAUGGUCGUCUUCAUGGCUCCCUCUUUCUUGUCAAACAUCUACUUACACUACGCGAACAAAUUACACCAUUUGAAAUUCAAUUUGCUCAGAGAAGCAAGACACUGGAUUUUACAAGCAGCGCGGAUGCUAUGAACGAGUUAUUAGGAGAUGCAUCAACAUUAUUUCGAUUUACAGGUCCAAAUGGAAUAUUGAAUCUUUUUACUCGUGGCAUUCCACAAAUUCAGGAGACAACAGCAGACGUGAAAAAGGAAUUGGAGCAGGAGCUAAAGAAAAGUUGUACGGGGUUUAUUGAAUUUGUCCUGGAGCAAUUGGCUCAGCCACUGCUUGCACUGAUGAAGCAGAUUGCUUAUGCACAACAAGCUCAAAAAGCCGCAGCACUAGACUUCCGUCAGUUUGAGUUCACAGCUCCAACUGAAGUUCAUAAUGUGCUUGCAAGGGUCUCGCAUCAGCUGAAUGAACAGUUACCAAAGAUUCUACAGGCAAUUCACCUUUACCUUCGAAACACAUCGACGGAGACAAUUUUAUUCAAACCCGUUCAGCGAAAUUUAGUGCUUGUGAUUGAAAAUUUAAAGGCACUGUUAGAUCAGGCAUACACAUAUGAAGAGCUUCAACCAUGUGAGGAGGAUUUCAAGACUGUGCUGCAGCAAUUGAAUGCACUUUAA